AUCGGCAGCACGUGCGUUGCAAGGCGGCCCGGCUGUGCAGCAUGUUCCUGCAGUAUUAUCUCAACGCGCAGGGUGACAGGGUCUACACCCUCAAGAAAGUGGACCCCUCUGGCCAGCUGACUUGCUCUGCACACCCUGCCCGCUUCUCACCGGAUGACAAGUACUCCCGCCACCGCAUCACCAUCAAGAAACGCUUCGGCGUCCUGAUGACCCAACAGCCGCAGGCCAUCCUGUGA